CCAUCGUUUCGAGGGUUUGUUGUGUGUGUUCAUGUUCUAGCAGUGGUGCCAGUUCAAGUUCUCCACCCGCUGCGUACUGAAGCAAGCGAUCUUGCCGGGUAGCGAAAAUGUCGAACUCGGCGGGGUCGGAUAUGGAAGCUGGCAGCGAAGACGAAGGGCCCUGCAACGUUGCCAGCCCGUCACCGGUGGCAUCACCCGACUCAAACAACAACAGUGAAAGUGUGCACAGUCCGGCAGGCUCCGACAAUGAGGAUGGGAGUGGCCAGGGGAGUGGUCAAGAAGAUGAAGACAACAACGAGGUGUCCAGGGACUCUGGCAGUGAGGGGCAAGGUGACAGUGCGGGCAGUGGGUCAGACAAUGAAAAGAACAGUGACGCAGAAGUGCGGAGUUCUCCGAGCUCUCCUGCUGCUGAAAACAACAGUGCCACUGGUGACCAGUCAGCGGGAGAAGAAGAAAACGCGCAAGGAGACGAUGACCGGGAAAGCCGACAGAGUUCUACCUCGGGUGCAGGCGGUGAACAAGGUGUAGCAGAGCAGGCACAGUCAGACAGUGGACAGCAGCAAGAUGACGAUGAGGAAGCACCGUCACUGCACGACAGCCCGCCUGCUAGCCCAAGCCCUUCAAACACUGGUGCUGAAGAGAGAAGUAGUGCUCCAUCAUCUCCUGUGAGGAGAAAUUCCGAGGACGAAAAAUACUCCGAUCAGGAGGAUGCGAAAGAAGCAAGAUCGGACAAAGACGAAGAUGACUCGGACAAGGAAGACUCUGAAAAGGAUGAGGACAAGGAUGACAGUGACAACGAGUCAAAGGUUGGAGAACUAAUCGCAAACAUCUUUGGCGACAGUGACGAUGAAUCUGAAUUUGAGGGCUUUGGAAAUGAAGACCUGGUUAGCACAAAAAAGAAAAAGGAUAAGGCAAAAAAAGGAAGAGCAAGGAAAGUGCUGUCUGACAGCGAGGAGGAGGAGGAGGACAAUGAGGAUAAGGAGGAAGAGAAGGCAGCUGACUCUGACGAGGAUGAGGACAAGGACAUGGGGGUGUCAGCCGAGCCAGAGGAUCUUGGGGCUGAGGAAAGUGAGCAGCCAGCUCCAGCUAGCCAAGCUGUGCCGGAUGUGUCCAGCUCCGACGAUGAGCUCGAGCCUGACAGCCGCCGCUCGCGAAAUUCUGAUUUCAUGUCAGACUUCGACAUUAUGAUGGCCAAGAAGAAAGAAGAAAACUCUCGGCGGAGGAAACGAAAAGAUGUCGACAUCAUUAGUGACACUGAUGACAUCAUAGUUGAAAUAAUCAAGGAAAUGAAGGCUGCUGCCGAGGAAGACAAGGAGCUGAAUCAGGCCAAGCGUGCGGCGACUAAAAAACUGAAGCUGCUGCCGACGGUGUUGCCCCAGCUGAAGAAGCUGGACCUGAAGGGCGCCUUUCUGGACCAAGGGGUGCUGCACGCCAUGGCCGAGUGGUUGGCUCCCCUGCCCGACAAGAGCCUGCCCCAUCUGCAGAUCCGCGAACACAUGCUGCGCCUGCUGGGUGAGUUCCCUCCCCUGGACCAGGGUUUCCUCAAGUCGAGCGGCAUUGGCCGGGCCGUCAUGUACCUCUACAAACACCCCAAGGAGAGCAAGGAGAACCGUGAGAGAGCCGGCAGGCUCAUCAACGAGUGGGCUCGACCCAUCUUCAACUUGAAUACAAACUACUCUUCCAUCUCCAAGGAGGAACGUGAACAGAAGGACUUUGAGCGCAUGCCCCAGAAGCGAAAAAUCAGGAUGGAGUCCACCGAGGAGCCUCCAAGUAAAAAGGACAUCGACAAGGCUUUAACUGGAGAGGACAAGUCUCUGAGGCCUGGUGAAAAAGGAUGGGUGGCAAGGGCUCGUGUGCCGAUGCCGUCGACGAAGGACUACGUGGUCCGGCCAAAAUGGAACUGUGAUACAGAGUUUGUCAAGAACACCAAGAAGACUGUGACAAGGCUUGACAAGCACAUGCGGAUGAUUCAAGAGAGGAAAAAGAGAUCCAAGGCUCAGAGAGCAGUCACUAUUAGUAUAGAGGGAAGGCAUAUGUCCUUGUGAUUGUUCAUUUUAACAUUUUUUUUUUUAGGAUCUACAACUCUUGCCGCAUUACACAAUCAGAAGUGUAAAGAAAUAAAAUAUGCAUGCGUGUAAACAUG